ACACAAAGCAUUUCCAACUUACCUUUCUGAUUCUCACUGAUCUCCGAGCCGCCACCGUCCCCGAUACCCUUCCUCUUCUUCUGUUCAGCCAUGGCUGGUUCUUCUCACGCUAGACUCCUUGGCCCUGCUUCCGAGUGCCGUUCCUGUCCCGAUCUCGCUGUUGCAGGUCGUUUUCGAGGGCACAGCUACGGCCGAUUUACUCAUGAAGCCAAAUCGGUGAAGGCGACGGUGGCGUCUUACGCCUUGUCUUCUUCCCGGAUUUUCAAGUUUCCGCCCAAUUUCGUCAGGCAACUCAGUACCAAGGCGCGUAGGAACUGCAGCAAUAUUGGCGUUGCACAGGUUGUCGCGGCUUCGUGGUCGAACAACUCCUCUCCUUUUCAAUCGGCGGCGGCGGCGGCGGCUAAUGCCGUUGACGCCGCUGCCGCUGCCGCAGUGCCUGCCACUUCUGAUGCGGCAGCGUUGGAAGGUAGCGUUGGUACUGAGAGUUUGAAGGUAGAGGAGGGUUUAGGUGAUUCCAGAACCUCUGUCUUCGAUUGCGAUGGGAGUGUUGCAAUCCACGCUGGCGAAAGAUUCGGUCGUGGUAGAGUUGACGACGCUAUUACUACGCCGGUGGUUAACACUUCCGCUUAUUUCUUUAAAAAAACUGCUGAUCUCCUUGAUUUCAAGGAGAAGCGCGCUGUAAGUUUCGAGUAUGGGCGCUAUGGAAAUCCAACGACAAUUGUUGCGGAGGAGAAGAUAAGUGCUUUAGAAGGGGCUGAAUCUACCCUGAUUGUGGCCUCAGGCAUGUGUGCCAGCACGAUGAUGCUGCUGGCGUUGGUUCCGGCUGGAGGGCAUAUCGUGACGACCACAGAUUGCUACAGGAAGACGAGAAUUUUUAUUGAGACCAUACUUCCCAAAAUGGGAAUCACGGCUACCACCAUUGAUCCUGCAGAUAUGAACGCCCUGGAAGUAGCUCUGAAAGAGAAUAAUGUUUCUCUUUUCUUCACUGAAUCCCCAACUAAUCCAUUUUUGAGAUGCGUUGACAUUAAACUCGUUUCAGAGAUGUGUCAUCAACAUGGAGCAUUGGUGUGCAUUGAUGGUACAUUUGCCACACCAUUGAACCAGAAGGCACUUUCACUCGGGGCUGACCUGGUUCUUCACUCUGCCACCAAGUAUAUUGGGGGCCACAAUGAUGUCCUUGCUGGUUGUGUAAGCGGUUCUCUGAAACUGGUUUCCGAGAUUCGGAAUCUUCAUCAUGUGAUAGGUGGUGCCUUAAAUCCAAAUGCUGCUUACUUGAUUAUACGAGGCAUGAAGACGUUGCAUCUUCGUGUUCAGCAGCAGAAUUCCUCAGCUCUUAGGAUGGCAAAGCUUUUAGAAGCUCAUCCUAAGAUCAAAUGUGUUUAUUACCCUGGACUGCCUAGUCAUCCCGAGCACAAUCUUGCUAAAAGGCAGAUGACUGGUUUUGGGGGCGUAGUUAGCUUCGAGGUUGAUGGCGAUAUAACGACCACCAUAAAAUUCAUCGACUCUUUGAAAAUUCCAUAUAUUGCUCCAUCAUUUGGUGGGUGCGAGAGUAUCAUAGACCAGCCGGCUAUAAUGUCAUAUUGGGAUCUUAAUCAGACAGAGAGGCUGAAGUAUGGGAUAAAGGACAACUUGGUGCGCUUCAGCAUUGGAAUUGAAGACUUCGAGGAUUUGAAGGCUGAUGUUCUGCAGGCUCUUGAUGCCAUUUAAAGCCUAAGCACUGCCCCAUUCCAAAUACAGAUAAUCAAGUCCUCUCUCUGUUAAUUUGUCAUCAUCUUGCUUUGGUCUUCAGUGGUUGGUGCGUCGAUUGAAUCCCUUGUCCCCAUUCCCUCCGGAACAAAAAAAUAAACUCAGACAGACAUUGUUGUUAUUUUCUUUCACAAAAAGUACUAAAAUAAGGUCAUUACUAUA